UACAUACUUGUACUACUACUAUUAAUAUUAUUGUAAAAAUAAUAAUAAUAUUAUUACUACUAUAAUAAUUAUUAUUAUUAUUAUCAUCGUUGUGGUGGAGUGUAUGUUGCGCGCGUAUUGUUGUGCAUAAUUUGAGAAAAACAACCAAAACAGAAAAAAUAUGGCAGACACAGCUGUUGCAACCGAAGCCCCAGCACCGGCAACCCCGGCAAAGAAACCUACCGCGAAGGCGGCCGCUGCAGGCGCUGCCGCAAAGAAGCCCAAAGCUAAACCUACACAUCCGAAGACAUCAGAAAUGGUGAACAAUGCUAUAAAAGAGCUGAAGGAACGAAGCGGAUCAUCGUUGCAGGCAAUCAAGAAAUACAUCGCCGUCCAGUACAAAGUGGACGCUGAAAAAUUGGCACCUUUCAUUAGAAGAUAUUUGAAGAGCGCCGUCGAAUCGGGCACACUUAUACAAACAAAAGGCAAGGGCGCUUCUGGAUCUUUCAAACUUGAAUCAAAAUCUGCAGCGUCGAAAAAUCAAAAAUCAGCCGGCGGUGUCGGCGGCGGCAGCGGUGGCAGCGGUGGCAGCGGCGCAGGCGGUGGACCUGGAAGAAAAGCCGGAUCGAAGGGCAACACUGCGAGCGGCGCUGCCGCGUCGGCCGGUGGUAAAUCUAAGAAGGCGACAGCGGCGGCAGCAGGCAGCAGAUCUAAAAGCCGCGGCCGCUGCUGCCGCUGCAGGUGGUGGGGCGAACGCGUCGUCAUCGUCCGCAACGUGAGCGCGCGCGUGUGCGAUCCAUGA